AUGCGGGUCUCAAGACCUUUACUAAGAAGCUAUUCCGAUAUAACGAGCAAAGAAAGCGAGCUCAAAGACCAGUUCAACAAGGACCUCGAACUACUCUUUCAGGAUGUGAAAAAGGACGCAGAAACAAAGGAGGAUGCCACCAAAGAUGCCACCAAAGAUACCAAAGACGAGGCAACCAAGGAUCAAAGCCAGUCCAGCGAAUUCGAUCUCCUCAACGACUUCAUCAACCAGGAAUAUGAGCAAAAUACCGGAUUCAAGGGAAUCAUCGAGACGCUUGAUCUCCAAGACGUCGAGGCUGCACCUGUGGAGGAGUCUAACGAGACGCACUUCGACCUCGACUUCCUUGGAAUCGACAAGAACACCAAGGAAGAGCGCAAGACCAUCGAGGAAGAGAAACAGCUCUUCCAGAACAUCUUCGAGUCGUACAUGAAACCGGCCCAGGAGGACCAAAACGCAAAGGACAAGAUCAUGUGGAACAUCCGGGACUCGGUGCACUCCACCAAGCACAAGUUGGACCGAAUUGUGCACACCAAGCAGCAGACAGAGUUUUCCAAGGUGUCUACCCGGUUGAAAAACGAGAUGUUCUCUAAGACCAGGGAUGCUUUACGCCCCACAAUCGAGCAUAUUGAGGGCUUAACCACCCUGGCCCAGGUGGCAGAGUACUUUGGCCAGAUUGUGGAUCUGUGGAUGCAAGCAGUGGAAACGGAAGAAAAUCACGAGUCUUUAUACUUGAACCAGUUGCUCAAGGAUGCCACCGAGUUCUCGCUGCAGCACCAGGAGUAUGUGGAUUUAAUUCGUCAGGAGGUUCACAAUGAGCUGUCGCGUCCCAAGUUGAACGUCAUCACCUUGCCCAUCUUGGUCAACCAGAUGAUCAAGACAUGUGCCUUCAAAUUUCACGAUGGUCAGUUGGCCUACAGCUUGUUCAACCUCCUCAAGAAGGACGUGGGGCUCUACACAGUGGCCUGCAACCAAGAUACUUAUAACGAGGUGUUGCGAGUUCUCUGGAUCUACCACGGAAAGUCUAACUUGUACAACAUUGAAAUGGCGUUCAUGGAGAUGAAGAACAACGGCUUCAAAGGCGAUUUCGUGACUUUCAACAUCUUGAAGCAGAUCAUCAUCGACUACCACAACUUGAAGAUGGGUAAGUUGGACGUGAACAAGACCACAGGUUUGCCGAUUUGGUCCAACGAAGACGACAAGAGGGUAAAGGGCUUGGAGAGAAAGUUGCGUCGUUUGGCCGAAUCGUUGGGACGCUAG